UGCACGCCCGUCCUCCGGCUGAAGAAGCGCGGCGCUUUCCUCUGCCCUAAUCUGCCUGGGUCCACCUCUUCCUUCUUCCCGCCCCUUUGCUAUCCGCACCGCCGGGACGCUCGUCGGCUUCUUCUGCUUUUGCCACACCAGCAUGCAGGUUUUCCAGUACCCCGAGGUGUUUCGCGACGAAACCUCCGUAGAUGACUAUCAUGGCUGCAAGAUAUGUGAUCCUUAUAAUUGGCUUGAAGAUCCUGACAGUGAACAAACAAAAGCAUUUGUAGAAGCCCAAAAUAAAAUAACAGUGCCCUUCCUUGAACAAUGCAGUGUCCGGGGGCUAUUUAAAGAGCAAAUGACUGAACUAUAUGACUAUCCCAAGUAUAGUUGCCAUUUCAAGAAAGGGAAAAGGUAUUUUCACUUUUAUAACUCUGGACUUCAGAACCAACGAGUAUUAUAUGUGCAAGAUUCUUUGGAUGCUGAUAGCAGAGUAUUUCUUGAUCCUAAUAAGCUUUCAGAUGAUGGCACUGUGGCUUUACGAGGUUUUGCAUUCAGUGAAGAUGGUGAAUAUUUUGCAUAUGGCUUGAGUUCCAGUGGAUCAGACUGGGUAACGAUUAAAUUUAUGAAGGUGGACAGUGCUGAAGAACUUCCAGAUACAUUGGAAAUGGUAAAAUUCAGUUGCAUGGCUUGGACGCACGAUGGCAGAGGCAUGUUCUACAAUUCCUAUCCCAAAAGCGAUGGCAAAAGUGAUGGCACUGAAACAUCAACCAAUUUGCACCAGAAACUAUACUAUCAUGUCCUGGGAACUGACCAGUCAAAAGAUGUUUUAUGUGCUGAAUUUCCUCAUGAGCCAAAAUGGAUGGGUGGAGUUGAGGUAUCUGAUGAUGGGCAAUAUGCUUUGCUUUCUAUCCGGGAGGGAUGCGAUCCAGUGAACAGAUUGUGGUACUGUAAACUACAGAAGGAAUCAAAAAAUAUAACAGGUCUUUUGCAAUGGGUGAAACUGAUAGACAACUUUGAUGCCGAAUAUGAGUACGUCACCAAUGAGGGAACAACCUUCACCUUCAAGACAAACCGUCAUGCUCCAAACUAUCGAUUAAUUAACAUUGAUUUUGUUGAACCUGAGGAAUCCAAAUGGAAAGUCCUGAUUCCUGAGCAUGGAAAAGAUGUUCUAGAAUGGGUGGCGUGUGUUAGAUCCAACUUCUUAGUCUUGUGUUACCUACAUGAUGUGAAGAAUGUCCUGCAACUUCAUGACCUGGCAACUGGUGCCCAUCUCAAAACACUUCCAUUAGAUGUUGGCAGCAUUGUUGGAUAUAGUGGACAAAAGAAGGAUAGUGAAAUAUUUUAUCAAUUUACUUCCUUCUUAUCACCAGGUAUUAUUUAUCAUUGUGAUCUGACUAAAGAAGAAUUAGAGCCAAGAGUUUUCCGAGAAAUUAGUGUAAAAGGAUUUGAUCCUUCAGCUUAUCAAACUGUGCAGGUCUUUUAUCCAAGCAAAGAUGGUACCAAGAUACCAAUGUUUAUUAUCCACAAAAAAGGAAUCAAAUUGGAUGGGUCUCAUCCUGCCUUCCUUUAUGGUUACGGUGGCUUCAACAUAUCUAUCACACCAAGCUAUAGUGUAUCAAGGCUUAUUUUUAUAAGGCACCUAGGCGGUAUUCUAGCCGUGGCUAAUAUCAGGGGAGGUGGUGAAUAUGGCGAGACCUGGCACAAAGGUGGAAUCUUGGCCAAUAAACAAAACUGCUUUGAUGACUUCCAGUCUGCAGCUGAGUAUCUUGCCCAAGAGGGAUAUACAUCUCCAAAAAGGCUGACUAUUAAUGGAGGUUCAAAUGGAGGCCUCUUAGUUGCUGCCUGUGCUAACCAGCGCCCAGAUCUAUUUGCCUGUGUGAUUGCUCAGGUUGGAGUGAUGGACAUGCUAAAAUUCCACAAAUUCACCAUUGGUCAUGCAUGGACUACAGAUUUUGGCUGCUCGGAUUAUAAAGAACAGUUUGAUUGGCUGCUCAAAUACUCUCCUCUUCACAAUAUCAAAAUACCAGAAGGUGAUGGAGUCCAAUAUCCUGCAAUCCUACUUCUUACGGCUGAUCAUGAUGACCGAGUGGUGCCUCUUCACUCCUUGAAGUUCAUUGCUUCUCUGCAAUAUAUUGUAGGCCGAAGCCCCAAACAAACCAAUCCGUUACUAAUUCAUGUUGACACCAAAGCUGGUCAUGGCGCAGGCAAGCCAACAGCCAAAGUUAUAGAGGAAGCAUCUGACAUGUAUGCCUUUAUAGCAAGAUGCCUAAAUCUUGGAUGGAUAGAAUAGAUCAGGGGUGUCAAACUCAUCAUUGCAGCAUCAUGUGACAUAUCGGGACUUUUUUCCCCUUCACUAAACCAGGCGUGGGCAUGGCACAUCCAGCCCAUGGGCCGGGAGUUUGACAGCCCUGGAAUAGAUCAUAACAAGGGCUUUAACAACAUUUUAAAACAAACACUACACUUGGUGUAGUACUUACAUUUAAGGACUGCCACUCCCGGCUUCCCGUGAUCUUGAUACCCCCAUUCUGCUUCUGUUUGGUGUUUACUUUGCCUCCUCAUUUUAGUUUCAGUCAUACAUUUUAAAUAGCAUGUUCUGAUAAAUAGACAGAUUGCGGAUGAUGCUGUUAUGUGGAUUCUUAAAGAGUCAAAAUGUUGGUGAUGAAUAUUCAUACACAAUGGUUUUAAUGUAUUUUUUCUCCUUGUCAACAUAUCUGGCUCACUUGUAAUUAAAUGUAAGUACUGUUCCAGUA